AUGCAACUCCUGCUCCUCCUAGCCGCGCUGGCUUCGCUCACCUCCGUCGCCCUGGCCGCCCCGCCCGGCUGGUCUCCGGAUUCAGCCCAGUUCUACUCCACCGUGGCCAAGGAGAUCGAGGCCGCGAGGAAGUCCCACAAGGAUCCUUCCCGCAAAAACUGCGAUUUCUCGCGCGCCAGGCUGCCAGCGCCCAUCAAGCCGCUACCACCCGUGCCUGAGGGGCAGAAGCUGUUGCAUGUUACCAUUGGCAGGGGGAUUCAGAACUUUUUUUUUUGCUUUUUGUGGAUCCCUGUGGAUUUUCUGCAGAUCACGAGCAGAGCGAAAAUCUCUCUGCACGGAAUGCAAUGA